AGUGGAUAUAAAACAUGCUGAAAUAAAUCUGAUCAUUUACCUGCUCUGAUCACGUCGAUCAAACAGCUCAAUUGAACAGUACCCAGCCUGCCGAUUCCAUUAGCCAUCAUGAAGUCUGCCAUAGUACUUUGCCUUCUUGUUGCUGUCAGUGCUGCCAUGGCAUACUCAAGCGGAUACCAAUCUGGUAGUGACUACGCUGGUAAAAAUUACAACAAUGACUACCAAGCUGGCAGUAACUACAAUGGCUACCCCGGGGGUUACAAUGGUUAUAGCAAAGGAUACCAAGGUAAAAAUUACAACAACGGCUACGCCGGAAACAGCGAUGGCUACAAUGGCAAUGGCUACAGCAAUGGCUACAAGGGCAAUGGCUACAGCAAUGGCUACAAUGGCAAUGGUUACCAAAACAACGGCUACAAAGGCAAUAACGGAUACUAAAUAAUACCCUCAUGAAGUCAACUUCUUUUUAGAGUACAGAUCUCAAAGUGGAUACGACCACAUCUAAUAAUUUUUUUUUGUAGAUUUAAAAGUACUAAUAAAGAUUCACUAAAACUAA